AUGUCCAGUUGGAACACUGGCAUGGUCAAUGGCUCGACUUUGCAGCCUACUCUGCCAAAGAGCAUUCUGCCUGCUGUCAUUCUUGGAUGGUCUAUGUGGCAGUACCUUUUGAGUUUUCUUCUCGGAGUCAUAGUCUACGACCAAGUCAUGUACAUCAAACGCAAAGGAUCAAUCGCCGGACCUGCCUUCAAGAUUCCUCUCAUGGGACCAUUCCUCCAGGCUCUUGAUCCAAAAUUUGAUGGGUAUCUUGCACAAUGGGCAAGUGGUCCUUUGAGCUGUGUGUCGGUCUUCCACAAAUUCGUCGUUCUUGCUUCAGACCGUGACCUGGCGCACAAAGUCUUCAAAUCGCCUGCAUAUGCAGAACCAUGCAUAGUUCCAGUCGCAAAGGACAUCAUCGGACAUAAGGCUUGGGUCUUCCUCCAGGGUCGAGACCAUGCAGAAUACCGACGGGGAUUGACUCCUUUAUUCACCAACAAGGCCAUGGCCACAUAUCUUCCUGUCCAGGAAAAGGUGCUGGCCGAUUACUUUGACAAAUUCGUGGCCACCAGCGAGGCAAAUCAGAACAAGCCCAUGCCUUUCAUGACCAUGUUCCGCGAGAUCAACUGUGCUCUUUCAUGUCGCACCUUCUUCGGCGAUUACAUCUCUCAGGACGCUGUCAAGAAAAUCGCUGACGACUACUACCUUGCCACCGCUGCUCUUGAGCUUGUCAACGUACCACUCUCAAUGUACAUUCCUGGAACAAAAGUGUGGCGAGGUAAGCGUGUCGCUGAUGCUGUUCAUGUUGAAUUUGCGAAGUGUGCAGCCGCGUGCAAAGCAAACAUGGCGAGUGGUGCUGCUCCCACAUGCACUGUUGACCAUUGGGUGCUCCACAUGAUGCAGUCCAACCGUUAUCGCGAGAGGAUUGCAGCUGGAGAGGCCGACGUCGAGAAGCCGAUCAACCUGAUCCGCGAGUUCACUAACGAAGAGAUCGGUGAGACGCUCUUCACCUUCCUCUUUGCCUCGCAGGAUGCAUCCAGCAGUGCCACGACCUGGCUGUUCCAAAUUCUUGCACAGCGCCCCGACGUACUCGAUCGCCUCAGACAGGAAAACCUUGACGCUCGCGGUGGAGACAAGAACAAGCCUUUCGAUCAGCCCAUGUUGGAGUCUCUGACCUACACCAACGCUGUCGUCAAGGAGCUUCUUCGCCACAGGCCGCCUGUCAUCUUCGUCCCUUACCUUGCCACCAAGGACUUCCCGGUCACGCCGAAUUACACUGUACCAAAAGGCUCCAUGAUCAUCCCCUCCUGCUACCCAGCCUUGCACGAUCCCCAAGUAUACCCCGAGCCAGACGUCUUUGACCCUGACAGAUGGAUCACUGGUGAUGCUGAGUCCAAGACCAAGAACUGGCUUGUCUUUGGUGCAGGUCCACAUGAUUGUCUUGCAAGAAGGUAUGUGCCGCUAUCCAUGGCUGGCAUGAUCGGUAAGGCUGCUAUGGAGCUCGACUGGAAGCACUACGAGACCGAGUUAUCUGAAGAGAUCAAGGUCUUCGCUACUCUGUUCCCCAUGGAUGGAUGUCCUCUCGUCUUCUCUAAGCGCCGUUGA